AUGAGGCGAAAUCCAGAUGACCUCACUGAUGGGAAAAGUCAAGGCGUCAAACUCGAGACGAAAUCAUUCAAUUACGAAUGUGCAACAGGAAACAUACGCGCAGCAGAAAUAAGUGUCGCUUUAUCAUCACUUCCAGGACAGCUGAUACUUGAGGCCGAAUUCCAAAGAUCGGUUCCUAACAGGAUAAAGCAGCCGACCUUCUCGAUCGAGCGUGUCUGCGAGAUCCUGUGGGACCUUGGGAUGCCGCAAGGAUUCAGCGUCCUUGGUGCUUCUGCUAGAGUUUGCCUUGAUCUUGACGAGAAGGUCUUGAGGCCCGAAAAGCAAGCCCCAUUAGUGCGAUGUAUCAUGAUGAGCAAGUCUCAGAACCACCUUGAUGCGGUGGGAUCUUUUCUGUUCCGAGCGGCCAUUGUGGGGCGGAAGAUGGACGAAAACGCGUGGCGAAGAGGAAGAGCGCGCACUCAACUUGACGCGCGAUCACAUGAGGUCACUCAGUGUGAUGCGACGCGUCGCGGUUUGUCACACUCUCAGUCUCUCGGUAGCUCUCGGUCCAAGCUUCCAGCAGCUUCCAUGUCUGCUCAACCAGGCUUUCCUUCGACAUCCAAUCUCCCCGCAGAUGCCGUUGCGCGGGCUACAACUGUAAUUACCUGUCCUUCUGAACCCCUGGAAGCACGCUCGAAGGGAUGGCGCUUUUGCCGGUCUAACAGCAGGCUUGCUUGGAGGUUCGCCACUUCGUUUUUAGCCAACCCCGUUUCUGCUCCAUUUACACUCACCCCUGUAGCCAUCAUAGGUACCCGUAUAGGGCUGAACAGAAACAAGGCGAUCGUCGCUGGUCUGGCUACGGGUAUCCUGGCGGGGUAUGAAUUCACGCAAGGUUUUCUCGCUUCAAACAUGUCCAUCCUCCGCGCGGAGGUUGCUGCGUUAGAAAAGCGAAGCGACACUGAAAAAGCGCUACGGGUCUUUGUAGCCCGUGCUGAACGCAGUCCAGUCGGUGCUUUCUGUUCGGAUCAUUCUUUCCAUUUCAAGGGCGGAUUCCCGUUACAAUUCCAUGAUGGGAGCUGGUCCUUGGCCCUAAAUUUGUUCCUUGCCUCCAACGCCCACCGGGCAUCCGUUGUUUUUUCGGGAUCGGAUUCAAUGCCCCCGCGUCUCGGAAGAAAAGAUGCGAUCCCGGCCGCAUUCGGUCAAACGGGAUUGAGGUUUUUCGAUCAUAGCCCAGCCUUCGUCAGCCAAGACGGUAAGACGGAUGCAGUCAAUGCAUCAUCUCGUGCGAAAUCAAAACACCCAUGGCGCAGCGCUUUUGAGACCCUUUGA